UGGGGCCUGUCAGCGGCGGCGGUCACACCGGCCUGGGCGCCUCGAAAGUGCGCGCCGCCGGGGGACCCGCCUAGAUGAAUCUGAGCCACUUCCUCCGGGUUCGUCGGGAGCCGCCGAGGCCUUCCUUGCUGGUCCUGGGACGCGAGGGCGACGACGCCGACCAGACCUGUUGAGGGUCCGUGCCCCGAGCAGGGCGCCCAGCCUGAGCCACAGGGCAGCCCCUCCCCUCCGAGACCAGAGGAGCACAAGAUGUGAGCUCCAGGCAGCAGCUCAGAAGCAGGGAUGGAAAGAGGCGUGAGUGAUGCUCUCCAAGACCCAGAGUUGGGGGAACCCCGGAAACAGGAGGGUCCGUUGAAGCCCCAGCAGGAAAAGCAGGAACGCUGUUUGAAGCAAGAGGCGGUGGCCGGCAGCGAAGACCCUGCUGUCCAGGGGCCCGGUGAACUUGGCGGGAUCCUGAGAACCAGUGCCCCCAGCGCCACCAAGCCCCAGAGAUGCGGGGGCGCCCCAGGAAAGAGCACGAAGCUGAAGACUCUGAGCCCCGACGGGGAGGAGAAGGCGGCCGACGGCCCGAGGAAGCCGUGGAAGUGCGAGGAUUGUGGGAAGGCCUUCAGCUACUGCUCGGCGUUCGCCUUACACCAGAGGGUGCACACCGGCGAGAGGCCGUUCGCGUGCGGCGAGUGCGGCAAGGCCUUCAGCCAGAGCGUGCACCUGACGCUCCACCAGCGCACGCACACGGGCGAGAAGCCGUACGCGUGUGAUGAGUGCGGGAAGGCCUUCAGCCAGGGCUCCUACCUCGUGUCCCACUGGCGCACGCACACGGGCGAGAAGCCCCACGCGUGCCCCGAGUGCGGCAAGGCCUUCACGCGCGUCACGCACCUGACCCAGCACCGGCGCAUCCACACGGGUGAGAAGCCGUACGCGUGCGGCCAGUGCGGGAAGGCCUUCCGCAACCGCUCGUCGCUGGUGGAGCACCAGCGCAUCCACACGGGCGAGAAGCCCUACGAGUGCGCGGCCUGCGCCAAGGCCUUCCGCUUCUCCUCGGCGCUCAUCCGCCACCAGCGCACGCACACGGCCGAGCGCCCCUACCGCUGCGGCGCCUGUGCCAAGGCCUUCUCCCAGGUGGCGCACCUGGCGCAGCACCGGCGCACGCACUCGGGCGAGAAGCCCUACAGGUGCGCCGAGUGCGGCGCCACCUUCAGCCAGAGCGCGUCGCUGGCCGAGCACCGGCGCAUCCACACCGGCGAGAGGCCCUACGCGUGCGGGGACUGCGGCAAGGCCUUCACGCAGGUGUCGCACCUGGGCCAGCACCGGCGCACGCACACCGGCGAGCGGCCCUACGCGUGCGCGCAGUGCGGCAAGGCCUUCAGCAACCGCUCGCACCUGGCGCAGCACCACCUGGCGCACAGCGGCGCGCGGCCCUACGCCUGCGGCCAGUGCGGCGCCGCCUUCGGCCACGUGUCGUCGCUGCUCGAGCACCAGAAGCUGCACACCGGGGAGCGGCCCUACCGCUGCGGGCAGUGCGGCAAGGCCUUCAGCCAGCGCUCGGCCCUCGCGCUGCACCGGCGCACGCACACCGGCGAGAAGCCCUACGCGUGCCCGCGCUGCGGCAAGGCCUUCAGCAACCGCGCCUACCUGAUCCAGCACCACAUCGUCCACACCGGCGAGAAGCCCUACGAGUGCGGCAGCUGCGGCAAGGCCUUCAGCUUCUCCUCGGCCCUCAUCCGCCACCAGAGGACACACGCCCAGGAGAAGGCACGGGCGCGGGGCGCGGCUGGGGACGCUUGUGCCCGGACUCCGCACCCGAGCUCCCGCAGGGAGGAGGAGCCCGGCGAUAGGGCUGACCCGGCCAAAACCGCCGCUGAGCAGCCGAAGGAGGAGAGAUGACGUUCAGGGGGGACCUCCGGGACGCCCCCUCUCCAACAUCACAACGCCGUGUUAGGGGAUGAUGGGGGACGCUCUAUCAUCCUCGGGUUACCAGUGAGGAAACCAAGGCUCAGAGACGCACCGUAACUUGCCCAGAGUCACACAGCGAGGAAGUCCCAGGGCCAGGCCUGGGUCUCCACUCUGAACUGCUCCCCUCCACUGCCCACCUGGCCCAAAAUUUUAAAUGUGAUACGAACAAGUGGAUCGAGAGAAAUAUCGGUGGAUCUCUUGCUUGUCUGUUAGUUGUUGAUUUUAUGAUUAAGAAGGCACUUGUUUGAUCAAUUUAAUUAAAUAAAUGAUACGGCUCCUUUGA